AUGGUGACGGUAAUUAUAGGGGCAUUUGCCAUUCUGGAAUUAGCAAAUGCUGGCAGCUCUACAUUCGGUCCCCCAAAACUUCUCGUACAACCACCGGAGGAAGUGUGGUACCAACUGGACGAUAAUCUGAGCCCUCAUGCUCGUCCAACACUGAAGUGUCAAGCUUCUGAGAAUGCGGAUUCAUUUACAUGGUACAAAAAUGGUGUACCCCUAAGAAUUGGAGGAGAUAUCGAGUGGGUAAGAGCUGGCCAAUCUGGGACCAUACAAUUCGUUCGACCGAAACGAUAUCAUCAAGGCUACUAUCAAUGUUUCGUUUCUAAUAUUUUCGGUACUGCCGUUUCCAACAAAGUGCAUCUACGUCUGGGAGUGCUCGAACAUUUUCCACAACGACCAAUGAGGAAGAUACAAGUGAUGGAGGGAGACUCACUUACCAUCGACUGUAUAGCCCCGAGAGGAACACCGCCUCCGACAUUGUUCUGGCUUUAUAGGGAUACUGAAGAGGGAUCAGUCAUAGAAUCAAUUCGAAAACGACAUAUCACCGUAGAUGGUGAUGGCAAACUGCAAUUCUCGUCCGUAGAACUCCACGAUGGGCGACCGAAUUUAAUCUACGAAUGUGCUGCUGCAUCACCUGUGCUUCAUGGAGAAUACCGAUCGGGUGAUCACGUGCAGCUCGAAGUGACACCCAGGGAAGGUCCUGAAACAGUGCCUGUCCACAAAUUAUACGUGAGUCCUAGUGAAAUUACCGUCAAAGCUGGUGGAACACUACGUCUGCAAUGCAUCUUCGGUGGAAGACCCCUUCCUGCAAUUUUCUGGUCAAAAGUUGAUAAUAACCUGCCAAAAUCGCGCUUGAAAGAUCUGACCUUGCCUGAAAGCGAUUUUGGAAAGACUCUACUCAUAGAGAAUGUUCACCCGGAGGACGCAGGCCGAUACGAAUGCCGGUCUGGCGAGUUGUCACAUUCAGUGAAUGUGAGAGUUUUGGCUGCUCCUUACUGGGAUUUCGAUCCUCCCAAAGACAUUGAACAACCGGAAGAGAGCACUACUGAACUGGAAUGCCUCGCAUCUGGUCGACCUGCGCCGAUAGUACGAUGGAGUAUGAACGGAAAGCCCUUACAUGAAUUGGGUGAGGACCCUCGGCGACUUUUGCUGGAUAACGGACGAGUUCUAAGACUUUCAUCGUUGAAUCACGAUCUCGAUACCGGAGUCUACCAGUGCAAUGCGUCCAACCCUCUAGGAUACGUGUACGCCAAUGCUUUCGUCAAUGUCAAAGCUCAUGCCCCUCGCUUUCUUAUGCCAUCCCACCGUACUUGGAAAGUUGUACUAAGAAGUACCGUAUCACUAAACUGCGAUGUAGAAGCUGCUCCGGACCCUGUUGUCAGAUGGGUGGAUCGCGAUGACACCCCUCUCAGAGUGAUUGAGGGAAAAACGCAGUUACUACCGAACAACACGUUCAUUAUUCAAGACCUAAGCAGCGCUGAUGAAGGACUCUACUACUGCAAUGUAUCGAAUAAGUAUGGAAUCGCUCGGGCAACCAAUAGGCUUCAAGUUUUCAAGCCAACAUACUUCGUGAAGAUUCCAACACCUCAGAAGCUGUGGUUAGAGGCUGGUAACUCAGCCGAAUUACAUUGUGAAGCCAUAGCAGAUCCUCGACUUCAAGUGCACUACAAGUGGACGAUCAACGGCAAAAUAAUUAAUGAGAGCGCUACUUUCCAUAUACUUCCGGAUCGACUGCGUAUCAAUGCAGCUCGUGGCAGACACUCAGGACUGAUAGACUGCGCUGCAGUCACAGAUGUCGACGUUAAACUUGCAUCUAUGAAGCUUAUAGUGAAAGAUGUCCCCGCGCAUCCAAUUCUAGAACCCGUUAUAUGCUCUGAAAGAAAAGCAGUCAUACGGUGGAAAGCCUCGGAUGAGCAUGGCGAUCAGAUAAAGAAGUAUACAGUAGAGAUGCACACGGAUUUCCGCAAGAACAUUUGGGAACGCGUUGUCGACGAACUCAAUGUUGAAAAAGAGCACUUCGAGGCUGAUGUUACUUUAACACCUUGGGUAAAUUACACCUUCCGAGUGAUUGCUGAGAAUUCCCACGGUCGCUCGGAUCUGAACGCUGCUUUAGAUAAAGAAGACGAGGUCAAAACCGUUUCGUGCCAAACAAGACCUUCAUUCCCGUACUCGAAUCCUGGUGGAGUAAGAGCAGAAGGAACGGAGCCGGACAACUUGGUAGUGUACUGGGAACCAAUGGACAAGUAUUAUUGGAAUGCACCUAAUCUACAGUAUCUUGUCAGAUAUAAGCUGAACGAACCACAUACAGCAUGGACAGAAUUCCUAGUGGAAGACUCUCAAGCGAACCACACAAUCAUCCGCGAACAGCCAACUUAUCGUGAAUUCUUGGUACAGGUUCGAGCUGUUAAUGCAAUUGGGCCUAGCAUUCUAGAACCAGAAGUCAUCAAGGGAUACUCGGGAGAAGAUGUGCCAUCGGAAACCCCAAGUAACUUCCGUAUUGAGAAAGUCGUAAACUUCUCCUCAGUCAACUUUGCUUGGGAGCUGGUGCCGGAAUCCACUGUUAACGGUUUUUUCCGUGGUUAUGAAAUAGAGUUUUGGCGCGAUAAUCUACCCGCACGGAAGUAUCGUAUACUUGCUUUACCAAACCAAACUGAGAAACUGAUCACGACUCUGGCAGCCAACUCCAACUAUUCUGCGGUUAUUCGAACAAAAAAUCGACAUCAUGCUAGCGAACCAAGUCCGGCGGUGCACUGGGCAACACCGGAAGGAUUACCAUCGAAAGUAAGUAAUCUGCGAGUUUUUGCUGUCGGAGCCCAUGCAGUGCUUGCUCUUUGGGAGCCACCUAAACACCCUAACGGACUGCUGCGAGGAUACUUCUUAGCCUUCGAAAAUGACCGAAAUGAGACCGAAGAAACAUACGUGCUACAUCGCCAGCUGGCAUAUCUUCAUGAAAAAUGCGAUCCUGACUCUGCUUAUAAAGUAUCUGUAUGGGGUGAGACGAGUGCUGGAGAGGGCGAAAGAAGUAUGAGGCCGGUCAGAACGUGGCCGGCAAGAAACCCUGAUCCGCCUACAUUUGUGGUCAAAAACGUCUUACUGGAUAGCGUUGAAGUCGAAUGGAAGCCAUCAAAUCACAACGUAUGGCGAAUGCCUGGCUCUUCAUUCUACGUAAACUACUCUCUUGCAGAUACCAAUGUCUAUUCCGAAUCUGGCAUGGUCUACCUCCCUAACACUUAUUUGAAGGUCGUUGGGCUUCGCGAAGGCUCCAAGUAUCAGCUUGUAGGAGUUUCAAAGGACGGGAAUAAGUUGGCAUUCAGUCAACCGCUGUACAUCACCACGCUUAACAGUGAGAACGUCUCUCAUCUUAAUCAAGAAUCAUUACGAAGUGCAGCUUGGUUUAUUGCCGUUUUGUGCGCGGUUGCAGUAGCUCUCAUCUCGAUUCUGGUUACUUGUUGCUGUGAAGAGCGUAGGGGAGGAAAUUACUCGGUUCGCAGAAAGGAGAUGGAGAUCGGUCACCAACUGGAGAGUGACGAAGAAAGGCAGUUUCUCGAGUAUCAAUAUGGGUAUAAGUCGUAGUUUAGCACUUUUCCACUACUCACUUUCGAGAAGAGCGGGAGGCUGCUAUUAUCAUUUUCUUCAUGUAUUUAUCGCAAACUGUAUAUAUGACGCGUAAUAUUUGAGUUGAAGUCUUGUUUCUGAUGCUUUCUCAAUUUGCUGCAAGUGUAAGUUCUGCCGCGACUUUUCACUACAUGUUCGCUGCCAUGCCUGUUUUUAUGCAAC